AUGAACAGAUUAAAGCAUCGUGGACCCGAUUGGAGUGGAAUAUAUCACUACAAAGACUGUUAUUUGGCCCAUCAGAGGCUGGCGAUUGUCGACCCGGCUUCCGGUGACCAGCCUUUGUUCAAUGAAGACAAGAAGAUUAUAGUUACUGUGAAUGGAGAAAUCUACAAUCACGAGAAGCUUCGUGAGCUUUUGCCGGAUCACAAAUUCCGUACCGGGAGUGAUUGUGAUGUCAUUGCGCAUCUCUAUGAAGAGUUUGGAGAGAAUUUUGUGGACAUGCUGGAUGGAAUAUUUUCGUUUGUGCUGCUCGAUUCUCGCGAUAACAGCUUUAUUGCGGCUCGUGAUGCGAUCGGAAUAACUUCUCUGUACAUCGGCUGGGGACUCGAUGGCUCUGUGUGGAUAUCGUCCGAGCUUAAAGGGCUGCACGAUGAAUGUGAGCACUUUGAAGUAUUUCCUCCGGGUCACAUAUACUCGAGCAAGAAUGGAGGUUUUAGAAGAUGGUACAGUCCUCCAUGGUUUUCCGAGUCUGUUCCUUCAACUCCUUACGAUCCUUUGGUCUUGAGGCACGCUUUUGAACAGGCUGUUGUGAAGAGGCUUAUGACCGAUGUACCCUUCGGAGUUCUUUUGUCGGGAGGGCUCGAUUCAUCGUUAGUUGCAUCUGUUACCGCUCGUUACUUGGCGGGCACGAAAGCCGCCAAACGAUGGGGAUCACAACUACAUUCUUUCUGCGUGGGCCUUGAGGGCUCGCCCGAUUUGAAAGCUGCAAGAGAAGUUGCCGAUUAUUUGGGCACCGUUCACCACGAAUUUCACUUCACUGUCCAGGACGGUAUUGAUGCGAUCGAGGAUGUGAUUUACCAUAUCGAGACGUAUGAUGUGACCACAAUCAGAGCAAGCACCCCAAUGUUCCUCAUGUCGCGUAAGAUCAAAUCGCUUGGGGUCAAAAUGGUAAUUUCCGGUGAGGGCUCUGAUGAGAUAUUCGGCGGAUACUUGUACUUCCAUAAGGCUCCGAACAAGGAAGAGUUUCAUCGCGAAACUUGUCGCAAGAUAAAAGCACUUCACCAAUAUGAUUGCCUGAGGGCAAAUAAGGCAACUUCUGCAUGGGGUCUCGAAGCCCGAGUCCCGUUUUUGGACAAGGAGUUCAUUAAUGUAGCUAUGAGCAUCGAUCCCGAGUGGAAGAUGAUAAAACCCGAUGAGGGGCGUAUCGAGAAGUGGAUUCUAAGAAGGGCCUUUGAUGAUGAGGAACGCCCGUAUCUCCCAAAGCAUAUUUUGUAUAGGCAGAAAGAACAAUUCAGUGAUGGUGUCGGUUAUAGUUGGAUUGACGGCCUUAAAGCUCACGCGGCAGAACAUGUCACGGACAAGAUGAUGCUAAACGCCGCAAACAUUUUUCCUCAUAACACUCCAAACACAAAGGAGGCUUACUAUUAUAGGAUGAUAUUCGAGCGAUUCUUUCCGCAGAACUCGGCCAAGCUCACGGUCCCAGGUGGCGCCAGCGUGGCUUGCAGCACAGCCAAAGCCGUGUCGUGGGACAAAUCAUGGUCGAAAAACUUGGACCCUUCGGGUCGGGCUGCUAUUGGCGUGCACGAAUCUGCCUACAAGAACCAUAUCCCGAGCACUGACUUGGCGUCCAAUAUGGUGGGCCCCAUCCAACUUAGCAAAGGGCCGAGCCCACCGGAGCUCACCAUCAAAGGCUAG